AUGUGUGAUGUAAUUUCAAGUAAACUUCUUCCAGAUAUUUUUGAUCCACCUGAGGCUUUUAGAUACAGGACGAGGAGUUACCAGUAUUUUUUGGCCUUCAUAUUUGCCAUUGAGGAAAUCAACAGAAACACUCACAUUUUACCUAACACAUCUCUAGGAUUUGAUCUCUAUAAUAUCAACAGCAAUCAGUGGGACACUCUGGAGGCACCUUUCAUUUGCCUCACAGGCAUGGGAACAAUGAUUCCCAAUUACACAUGUAGAAGGCAGAAGAAGGCUGCUGCUUUACUGACAGGGAUAUCAUGGGCAACAUCUGCACAUAUUGGGAGACUGCUGAAUCUCUACAAAUAUCCACAGGCCACUCCUGAGUAUUUUUACCAUUUAUUUGAUUCUCAGCUUCCUCGCUCUGUGUGCAGUGAGAGCUGUUUUCCAGGAUUCAGAAAAUCUCCCAGGAGGGGGAGGCCUGCCUGUUGCUAUGAUUGCACUCAGUGUCCAGAUAAUGAGAUUUCCAAUGAAACAGAUACGGAACAUUGUAUGAGGUGUCCAGAAAGUCACUAUGCAAACACAGAGCAGAACCACUGCCUCCAGAAAACAGUUACCUUUCUGGCCUAUGAAGACACUUUGGGACUGACACUGGCCUCCUUGGCCCUGGGCUUCUCUACCAUAAGUGUUGGUGUUCUUUGUGUCUUUGUUAAACACCACCACACUCCCAUCGUCAAGGCCAACAAUUGGUCUCUCACUUACAUCCUGCUCAUCACUCUGACCUUCUGUUUUCUCUGUCCCUUGCUCUUCAUUGGCCAUCCCAACACAGUCACCUGUGUCCUGCAGCAGAGCACUUUUGCAGUUCUGUUCACAGUGGCUCUCUCCACAGUCUUGGCCAAAACCAUUACUGUGGUUCUGGCUUUUAAGGCCACAGUUCCAGGGAGACUGAUAAGGUGGAUAAUGAUAUCAAGGGCUCCUAACUACAUCAUUCCAGUCUGCACUCUUAUCCAACUUGUUCUCUGUGGAAUUUGGCUGAGCAUCUCUCCUCCCUUUGUUGACUCAGAUGCUCACACUGAACAUGGCCACAUAAUUGCUUCAUGCAACAAGGGCUCCACUAUUGCCUUCCACUCUGUCCUGGGAUACCUCUGCUCCCUGGCACUUGGGAGCUACACUAUGGCUUACCUGUCCAGGAACCUGCCUGACACAUUCAAUGAAGCCAAGUUCAUUUCUUUCAGCAUGUUGGUUUUCUUCAGUGUGUGGGUCACCUUCCUUCCUGUCUACCACAGCACUAAGGGGAAAGUCACAGUUGCCAUGGAAGGCUUUUCCAUCCUGUCAUCCAGUGCAGGCCUCCUAGGCUGCAUCUUUGUUCCCAAGUGCUACAUUAUUUUGUUCAGACCACAUAGGAAUGUGCUAAAUUAUGUCAGGAACAAAGCACCUGCUAGAGGAAAAGUAGAUUAUACAGUUUAG